UUGCUCAUUUUCUCAUGAUAAAUAGCAAUUUAUGUUUUUAAUAAAUUUUAGAAAAUUUCUGUUUAUAAUUUUAUUAAAUUAUGUUAAAUACAUCAAAUAAUUUCUAGUGAUGAUAAUUUUGAUUAAACGUGGGAGUGUUAGAAGUACUUUUAUUAUCUAGACGAGUAUUUUUUAAAUUAUUUAAUUUUAAAAUAAUUAUGUCUCGAACUGUAUUGUGUAAGCUUAUACAGAGAAAAACGUAUGACUUCCUUUCGAAAAGGCAUACAGCUGUUUUAUUGUUUUUUGGUUUCAUCAUACUUUUAGUAGCUACACUUCAUUUUGGUGAAACUAUGAUGGAAUGGAGCAAAGAAAAGUAUGCUGUAGUUUUUAGUCCAUAUAAUAAUAAUAUAGUCGGUAAAAAUUUUCGAAGCAUGUUGUGUCAGUAUGUCCCUAUAGAUGUUGUCUAUACUUGGGUGAAUGGAACAGAUCCAAAAUUUUUAAAAGAAUUAGCCAGAGCAAAGGAAGAUUAUGGAUUUUUAAAUUCAUAUUUAAAUUGUUCGUUUUCUCAUUGUGUGAAGUCUCAUAUGGUUCUUGUUCGACCACAAUUGCCCAGUUCAGUGACUUUUGGUGAUUUAGAAGAAUAUGACCCAUUAUUUCAGCACAUCUCAAGAAUAUUUGUUGUAGCAGCUCCUCAAGCACAUCAGAAUAUAUCUGUACUGGUAUUUCCUGAUGUGGAUACAGCUGAAAAGGUUUUGCUUAAACAAGUAAUCAUGAUGGAUGGUCAGAAUUAUACAGUGAGUACAGCUUAUGUUACUGACAGCUGGAGUUCCCAAAAUAUCGUUCUCUUAAAUACAAUGGUUUUUCUUACACAAGUUCCAUCUAGUGUUUCAGAUAUAGAUAUCUUGGAGAAACUACCAGAAAAUAUAAAAUCAUCAGUAUCCAAGGUGGACAUUCAUGGAGAAAAGAGCUUAGCUGUUCUCAUUUUAAAUGAUCCUGACAUGAUAAAUUCUAUUAUAAAGUUGAACAACAUCACAUUUGAAAAUAAAGUGGCAUCCAUUGCACCUGCACACCUAGUUAUUGAACUGCCAUCUGAUCAUGAAGAUAUCUCUGCUAGUCGUUUUACAGAUAAUGAAGAACUAAGAUACUCAUUGCGCUCUUUAGAAAAACAUGCUCCUUGGGUACAGCAUGUUUACAUAAUAACCAAUGGACAAAUACCAUAUUGGCUAAAUCUUGAUAAUCCUUGGGUUACAAUAGUUACACAUGAGGAAAUUUUUCCUAACAAAAGCCAUCUGCCAACUUUUAGUUCUCCAGCCAUUGAAUGCCAUUUGCACAGAAUUCCAAAUUUGUCAAAAAAAUUUCUGUACUUAAAUGAUGAUGUGAUGUUUGGAAAAGAUGUUUGGCCAGAAGAUUUUUAUACUCAUACUAAAGGACAAAAGGUUUAUCUUUCCUGGCCUGUGCCCAAUUGUGCUGAAGGCUGUCCUUCAUCAUGGAUUAGAGAUGGGUAUUGUGACAAGCCUUGCAACAAUUCUCAAUGCCAGUGGGAUGGUGGAGACUGUACUGCUGACAAUCCAAUGUUAUCAUAUCAACCCAUAGGUGUACAACAAGAAGGAGCAGUUACUGGUUUCUUCCAAAUUCGAGCAAACAAAAAUUACUGCAAUGAAGAUUGUGCUGAUACUUGGCUAGCAGAUAGAUACUGUGAUAGGGCUUGUAAUGUCCAAGCUUGUGGUUUUGAUGCUGGAGACUGUGGGUUGGAAAAUUUUCAUAAAAUUCCUGAAUUAGUUCUUUCAAAAGACCAGACACAAUAUUAUCUUCCUGAAGGUGAAUUUGUUGGAUAUUUCAAUUUAAAAAAAAACACAGUUUUUAAAUGA